CGGUUACUCUCUCUUUCUGCAAAACAAAAGGAAACCCUAGCAGUAUCACACUCUAACAGAGCCAUAACAUAACCUCUUUGAAAGUCGCCGCUUGCUUUCUCCUCGUUCGCAUCUUCACCCUCUCUCUCAGUGCGUGAUUUUGCAGAACGAUGAAGGUGAUCGCCGCGUAUUUGUUGGCCGUGCUCGGAGGCAACACCAGCCCCUCCGCCGCUGACAUCAAGGAAAUCCUUGGCUGUGUUGGAGCAGAUGCCAAUGAUGAUAGGAUUGAACAAUUGUUGUCUGAAAUUAAGGGUAGAGAUAUAGUGGAGGUCAUUGCUGCCGGUAGGGAAAAGCUGGCCUCAGUGCCUGCUGGUGGUGGUGGUGCUGUUGCUGUUGCGGCCGCUCCUGGCGGUGCUGCUGCCGAUGGUCCAGCUGCUGAGGCAAAGAAAGAGGAAAAAGAGGAGGAGAAAGAAGAAUCUGAUGAUGAUAUGGGUUUCGGUCUCUUCGAUUAAUUGUAGUCUAUUCUAUUCAGCUUUGUCUAGAACAUAUUAUCGCUUAACGCUAGAGCUUCUGAGUUUGUCAAAGUUUUGUUCUAAAGAGUAAUUUAGUGUGUUUCAUUUCAAUGACCAACUAAGUUGAAUGAAUUUGGUUUUAUAUUUUAGUCUCUUGAUGUUAUGAAAUUUCAUUUCAGUAAAUCCCAUUAGCUUAUUCCUUGU